AUGCAACUAAAAAACAUUUUAUACUAUGGAAAAAUUAAUUAUUCUACUUAUGUUAUGCUUAAUGUAUUUCGUGAAAUAAUUGGAAGUUUUCCUGUAUUUGAUCUUAUGACUACGGGAUAUAAUCCAGAAUUAUUAGUCAAUAAAUUUUGCAAGGCUACUUAUUCAUCCAUCUUUUCGUCUAUUACACUAACCACAACUUUAAGAAACUCGGAAAGCAUAUACUUUUUGCAACGAAAAAAACUUCAAAUCAAUCCACACGAACCUGAUUUGACUACUCAUCCAGAGAAAGCAGAAAACUUUUAUGCAUUUGCUCAUUUCACGUAUCAAUACACUGAAGGAUGUUUGGUAGUUUAUGACUUACAAGGUGCCGAUGUCCAUAAUGAGUUCUUGUUAACAGAUCCAGUCAUACAUUGUAUUGAUUUAUUAAGAUUUGGAACAACAAACUUAGGAAAGAGUGGAAUUCAAAAAUGUUUUUUGGCAAAACAUAAAUGCAAUGAUAUUUGUAAGAAGUUAAAAAUUAAGCAAUGA